AUGACGAAAGAACGCAAAAACAACGUCGUGGGAGAUGACCUUGCUCGGGUUCUCCCAGCGGACCGACGGGCGUGGUGGAAGACGCCGCAUCUGUUGAAGCUGAACGGCUUCAUCGCGGCUCUGCUGCUGUAUUCCAGCACGGUCGGCUAUGACACGUCGUUGAUGAACGGGCUGCAGUCCCUGACGCAGUGGAAAGUCUUUAUGGACCACCCCGAGGGGGCCUGGCUGGGGUUCAUCAGCGCCAUCCAGUCCUUGGGGGCGAUCCUGGGAUUGCCGCUCCAAGCAUGGGCCGCCAAUCGCUACGGACGCAAGCCAUGCAUCUGGAUCGGCUACAUCUUCAUCACCCUGGGGGUGGGACUGCAAGUGGGUGCGCGCAACCCAGCCAUGUUCAUUGUGUCUCGUCUGUUCAUGGGCCACGCCGGCGCCUGGUUCCAAGCCGCCAUGAUCCUGAUCACCGAGAUUGCCUAUCCGACGCACCGGUCCAAGCUCUCGGCCAUGUACAACUGCCAGUUCUAUGUCGGCUCCACGCUGGCGGCGUGGCUCACGUAUGGCUGCCGAAACAUCAAUUCCUCGUGGGCCUGGAGAAUCCCGUCAUUGUUGCAGAUCGGGUUUCCCGUUCUCGCGCUGCCAUGCGCUCUCCUCUCCCCCGAGUCCCCCCGUUGGCUCAUCAGCCAGGAUCGACACCGCGAAGCGAGAGAAUUCCUGGUCAAAUAUCACUCCGGCGGAGACGAGUUCGACCCGCUGGUCACCUUUCAGAUGGAGGAGAUCGCCAAAUCGAUUGCCAUGGAGCGCGAGGCGCAGAAUUCGACUCACUGGAUCGAUAUGCUCAAGACCAAGGGGAACCGUCACCGAUUCUUUAUCAGCGUCAGCUUGGGCAUCUUUGCUCAGUGGAACGGAGUCGGUGUCGUGUCCUACUAUCUCACUCUGAUCCUCGAUACGAUCGGAAUCACGUCUGUGACGCAGCAAACGCUGAUCAACGGCUUCCUCCAAGUGUGGAAUCUGAUCAUGGCCGUGUGUGGAUCGAUGGCCGUCGACUUUGCUGGGCGUCGGACCCUCUUCUUCCUAUCCACAGGCAUCAUGCUGGUCAGCUAUAUCAUCAUCACGGGCCUGUCGGGCAGCUUUGCGACGACUCACCUGAGCAGCGUGGGCACCAGUGUCAUCCCCUUCUUGUUCAUCUACUACGGCGGUUACGACCUGGCCUUCACCCCCUUGGUAAUCGCCUACCCGGCGGAGAUCUGGAAUUACUCGCUGCGGGCCAAGGGUCUGGCGCUCACCUCCACCUGCACCUUUCUCGCGCUGCUGUUCAACCAGUUUGUGAAUCCCAUAGCCCUGGCCUCGAUCGCAUGGAAGUAUUAUAUUCUGUAUAUCUGCCUGCUCGUAGUGAUCUUGUUGACGGUCUGGCUGGCCUAUCCGGAGACGCGGGGAUACUCUCUGGAGGAGAUUGCCGUGGUCUUUGACGGGGAGGAUGCGGCCGUGCCGGGUGAAGCCGAAGUCCUUGGGAAAGUGGCGGCGGUGAAGCAUGAUCUGCUCGCACAACACGUGGAGAAUGUGGCGGGAAGAGAGGAAGCAGAAAGAGGGAGAGAAGAAAAAUAG